AAUCGAGAGAUCGUGUAUUUAAUUACGUACUUUAUUGCUUUAAACAUGACGUUUGACAACUGAGAGCCUAACCUUGCUUAUUUGUGUAUUUAUAUACGGCAUUUAUAGCAACACGCGCUCUUUGACGCUAUCAUGGACAAUGAUGCAGCUGCUCUGCAGAAUUUGGAGCAUCUUAUGACUGAAUUUUUUUCUCCAGAGACAACUAAUGAACGAAAACGUACAAUUGAAAGAAGUUUUCAGGAAUUUGCAGCACAGAUUGAUUCCUGGAGACCAUGUUUACAUUUUUUGUCUUCUACUAACAAUCAUUAUGUCAGUAUGUUUGCUUUGUCUACGUUAGAGACAACAAUUGGAAGAAGAUGGCCAAUACUGCCAUGGGAAGACAGAGCUCUUACAAGAUCAACUUUAUACACAUUAUCACUAGAAAGAGGUGUAGCUCCUUUUGUAAGAAACAAAGUAGUUAAACUAGUUGUAGAUAUUGCUAGACACGAUUGGCCACAUUUCUAUCCAGAUUUUUAUUCAAAUAUUUUACAGUUAUUAAGUCACAAGCAUACAAGACUGUUGGGUCUCAUUUACUUGCGGACAGCUUCAGAGGAACUAGCCACUCCAAGAGAAGAUUUGCCAAUACAAAGGAAAAAUGAAUUAUUUAGGUUUCUUAGUGCUCAAGUGCCUUUGACUUUGGAUUCUCUUACAAUACUUCUAAAAGAAGCAACAAAAUUGCAAAGUCGUUCUGGAACAGUUACACCACCUCCAUCGCCCACUAGUGGACAAACAGUAGCACCAGCAAGAGCCAUUUUAGAUGUAGAAGGAUUAGCAACAGGGACUAGUGAAGUUUGUAUAGCAACACUAGAUGUGUUAGCACAUCUUUUUAGUUGGAUUGAAUUGUCAGAACAUAUCUCUACAAAUUUAUUAGAUGCCAUUUUUACGUGUGCCAGAUAUCACGAUGCAAUGAAUAGUAAACAGAUUGAAAUGGCUGUACAAGCUGUGACUACGAUAAAUGAACUUUUAUACCGACCGUUAUGUUCUCCCGAUGUAACUGAUAGAUUGUUAGUAGAAAUAUUCCAAAAUGGAGUCACAUUAUUUCAACUUUUAGAACGUUUGGAUUCUAUAAAUGAGAGUUAUAUGGAGAAACUGACAGAGUUUUUACAAUUAUUCGUAACAAAUCAUCUAAAAAGAGUUGAGUCUUGUCCAAAAUUUCCAGUAAAUACGUUAUUAGAAGUUUUGUGCCAUCAUACUUUUCAACAAUGUUCAACAGUAACCGGAUAUCUACGAUGUUUAGACGUUUGGACUACUCUUUUAGAAAGUACCCAAUCUCGUUACUCUCCAGUAGCAUUAGCUCUUGCCGAAAGAGUAUUGCAAAAAAUGAGUUUUAAGCUCAAUACACGUAUAUUAAAAGAUCUUGACACGGAAAGUUUAGAUGAAAAUGAAGAAACGGAGUGGCAGCAUUUCUUAAGAUGUAAUAUAGAAUGUUUAGCAAAAGUAGCAGAGAUUUCUCCGAUUCCGAUUUUUACAUUAUUGUACCGUUCUUGGCGAGAAGGAUUAGUAAUAUUUGGAGAAUUAGGUGCUGUUACUGCUAAUAAUCAAGUUAUUUUAUUAAACGAACCCGAGGCAUCAAAUGUACAUGCGCAUUUACGAGAUUUAGCCUCUACUACUCAAGCAUUAGCAAGAUUGUACUCACUUUUCCUCGGCGAUGAUCAGAGUAUUGAUCAGUCAUUAGCUGAAGAAGUAGUGUCUCAAACAUUAGAUGCUUGUAAAUUUGCCAAGACGAACCAAUUGUACAAAGCAUCACUGCAACCAGCUGCAAUUGUAAUAGAUCUUAUAGAAGUUCAUUCACAGUUAUUAGCUUCACUCCAAGCUUGGUGCCAUUGGAUAGCCAACAGACCAGAAAAAACAAAAGAGUCACUUUGUCAACGAUGUAUUGAUUCAUGUAUUUUAGCAUUAGAUUAUACAACAUUCUGUGAUAAUCCACCACCAGCCAAUUUGAUUCAUUGCGCUACGCAUCUUUUUCAAAGUAUCACUACUAUUUUAAAACCUGUUUUAUGGGAUGAACCUACGUUUAGAAAUUUAAUUUCUAUGGUAACAUAUCCAUUCUUUAAACCUGAUACAAUAAAAGUAUUGCGAAGAGCAUUAGUAAAUGCAAUUGUAUUACCACAUGGUGAUGGAUCUAUUAGAGAACGAUUAUUAAGCAUCAUGAUAUCCACACUAUCUACGCCUCUUGGUUUAGAAGGACAACCUGUACCUUCUGAGUCUACAAUUUCAAUGACAGUAGUGCCAUUAACUCAAUUACUCGAAGACUGUUCUGCCUCGUCUACGACGAUAAAAAAAAUUUUACAUUCAUGUUUGGGAUCAACUAUAAAUCGAACAUUAGAGUUAUUGCCAUAUAUGAUAAGAUGUCAAAGUGUAUGCGAGAUUUUGCUUAGUUUUUUGCAUUCAGUGUUUUCAGUGUUACAACAGCAACUAGGUCCCGAGUUUACUCAAAAUGCAGUUCAAGGAAUGUUACAUAUUUAUACUAGAGAAAAUAUAUCUGCCGGACCUGCGUUAGAUCAAUUACUAGAAAUCUUAAUAUUGGUCGUAUCAGCACCUAGUAGUGCAUUUAAAGCAUUUGUUCCUUCAGUGACUAACUUAUGUUUAGGCCAAGUGUGGCCGGCUGUUGGGAAUGAUCUUAGUGCAUAUCCAGAUACCACACUUGUGUUACUAAAACUUUUCUACAGUAUACUUAUGCACCGAUGGCAAUAUUUUUAUAAUACUUCUAUAUUACGUACUCUUGGUCAUGCUGAUGAAGAGGAAUCUGUCGAACACAAGGAAGAAUUAGUUGCAAUUUUAGAAGCUUUUGGUCAAGCUCUUCUUCAACCAGAUGUUAACAUAUUUCGUCAAAGUUUACAAAGUCUAGAACAGUUAAAUAUACGAUGGCGGCUUUAUCAACGAGCUGUUUUCAAAGUUCAUUUACUCGAGAGAUUUCUAAUGGCGUUGUUUACCGUUUUAUUUCAACAAUCUCACAAUUUAUUGGCGGAUGAAAUUGCAACUGCUAUUCAUAGUUUAGCUUCAGUUAAUAUAGCAUGGUUUUUUGGACAUUUUCUGCCAACAUUUUUAGCAAGCUGUGAAGGUGUAGACGACAUGCAAAAAGCUACAUUAUUAGGAAACUUCGACAAAUCUACAGAUCAACCGACUUUGACGAGAUCAGUACUGCAAUUAAUUUCUGAUUUGCGAUGUUAUCAGUUUUGUCGACCGGGUUGAAAUAAUUGCAUUUCAAUAAGAAGAAUUACAGUGUUAUGUCCAACACAGUCUCAGUAAUGAAAUUAUAAAAAAGUAAUUUCUAUUGAAGUUUUACUUUGUUCCGUGGCAUACACUUUAAAAUCAUACAGUUUAAAAAUCGUAAUACACAAAAAGACGAAUAAUAUAAUUCUGUGUAAAUCACUGCCGUAUCGCAUUGUGAUGUCGCUAGCAUUAUUAUAGUAUUAGAAUAAAAUACGUUUUUCUAAUAUUUUAAUUAUUGUUGAAGGAGCACACACAAAAUUUUUAUUAUAAGUUUUAAAAAAUACUGUAUAGUAGAACCCAGAGAACGAAAAGAAAAAUAAAUUUUUUUUCGGUGUAAUAUACUUAUACAUCAUACAAUAGAUAAUUGUAUCAUCUACUUAUCGUAUAAAAAUUUAUGAAUACACAUAAAUGAGUCAAAUUUGCAACAAAAUGCAGAAGGCAAACAUAGCAUAUAGGUUUCAAAAAUUACCUUUUGUGACUAAAAUUAAAAACACUUUCAUAUCGAUUGUUAUACUUAAUAUAUUAGUUAUAUUUAAUAUAACUAAUAAAAAGUGUGAUGAAAAUAUAACUAAAUUAUGAAUAUGUAUACAGUGUGUUUGUAAGAACACAUACUUCGAAAAAUAUGAAUAAUACGAAAAAAUAUUUCAGACAAAAAGUUUUUUAUAAGAUAUUUUAGGGGACAUACAUGUUUGAUUUGCAACAUUCUUGAGAAAUUCUGUAAAAGUCACGUUUAAAAUUUAAAAUAAAAACUUAUAUUUUUGAUUACAUAUUCUUGUAGCUAGCAUCAAGACGUUUUUAAAACACUGUAUAUUUGUGGUACAUAUAUAAAUUGUUGUUGAGAUACGAGCUUGUAAAUUUUACAUUUGGUCAGCAUUGACAUUACUAUAUACGGCAAGUAAAUUAUUCGAUCGAACUUUGUACAUUAUAGAUUAUAAUGAGUUUAAAAAAGAUCGAGUUUGUAUGCGUAUGUAUGUGUGUAAAUAGUUCAAUUUCAUAUAUUAAUAUUUUGUAAGACAUUUGACAAUUAGCAAUCGCAAUUAUUCAUCUGUAGCAAUUAUAAUUUUCUAUUAUUCGAGUAUUUAACAGGAUUUCUUAGCACUUAUUUAUUUACUUUUGUUAUUUCCUUUGAUAUGUCAUCCUAAAAUAGAUAGCGUUACAUUCGUCUUAAAAAUUCCUACAUCUUUUAAUACCUGUGGAGCUAUAAUUCUACAUAUGUCAGUAAUUUUUGUUUGUAAAUAUAAUUUAUAAGUAUAUUGUAAAUAAUUUGUUUUAAGUUCUUCAGGGUGAAUAUACGCCUUGAACAGAGAUGAGUGUUACCCUAUUUUCCUGUAUUAAAAUUAUAGAUUAAAAAAGACAUUUAUAAUAAAAACUGAAUGGUUUCUCAUUGUUUA